UCUGCAUCCAUAGAAGAGCCACCUCGCCCUGCUCUCCUCUUCUCUUCCAUCAGUCCCUCCCAAUCCUUCUGCAGUUCCAAAAAAAUGGCAGCUCUCUUCAAGCUGAUGGCUCUCUCGGCUCUUCUCCUGGUUUUCGUCCCUUCUGCUUCCAUGGCACUUGACUGGAACCCUCUUAACAAGACCAUCUGUGAUGCGGUGGAGUGUGGCAAGGGAAAAUGCGUGUCGAACUCAAGUGCCCCCUUCGAGUUCGAGUGCCAGUGCGACUCGGGGUGGAAGAGGACCCGACUCGAAAACGAGGACGAUUUCUUGUUCCUCCCCUGUGUGAUCCCGGAGUGUUCGGUACAGUACUCGUGCAUGCCGGCUCCCCCGCCGACUCCGCCUGUUCCUCACAAUAUAUCCUUCUUCGAUCCUUGUUAUUGGACCUACUGCGGUGGAGGAACCUGCACGAAGUCGUCAAAUUAUGAGCGCGUCUGCCAGUGCAGCCCUGGAUAUUCCAACCUCAACAAUGUCAGCGUAUUCCCCUGCUUCAACGAUUGUGCGAUUGGAAACGACUGCUCUAAGCUCGGAAUCAAAGUUGCCGAUUCCACUUCCACCACAGGCUCCGAUGAAAGUCACGCGCAUACUUCACUGCCCGGGAAGUUGCUGUGGAUGACCGUGUUGGCAUCCUCCAUGGCUCUGGCUCUCUGGAAGUAGAACGAAUAAAUCGGGAUUCAUAUAUAUACGCGCUGUCCUUGUAUCAGCAGCACUCACGAUUCCGAUCUCACAGUCAUUCUUUCUUUUGUAAUUCGUCUUUGGUUUGUUACUGUUCCUUUGAUUUUGCUAUACUGCAUUAUUCUGUAUAAAUAUGGUUUCUGUAGACGAGUUAUGCAUAUAGUGUAGUUGGUGAAUGAUUUCUUCUGUAUAAAGUCCGACACGUAUACAUCGAUAUCAGAAUAAACAUCGUCUUAUUUUAUUUUA